AUGAACUCGACACGCGAUCCAUUCAACCUCCGCAGCAAAGUAACCUUCAAGACACCCUCUGCCUUUAGCAUCCUCCAGAACGCCGCCAACAAGACCGCCUCGCAAGCCGUGCAAUCGGGCAAGCAGGCAGUUCAGGCCACGAAACAGGCAAUUCAGGACUCCGACAUGUCCUUCGCCAUCCCGCGCAACGUACCCAAUUUCGAGAGCGCGCAACGCAAGUUUGAAGAUAAUGUGUGGAAUAAGCUUCCGGGGAACGAAAAGGGCUUGCCAAUGUACAAAGACAAGCCUUCAGGAAAAGUUUACGGAUAUGGUGGUCCGAGAGGAAGGAGGGGUUUUGUGAGGAGCAAGAGGGGAAUGGGGUUAAUAGCGCUGGUGGUACUGGGGCUCUUCUACUGGUUCGGAUGGUCGAGUGGAGGUACAAGCGUCAGUGUAGCAGAAGAUGAGAAGGACAGAGGGAAGAGCCUGGCGUCCAAGAUUGGUGGAAGCGCUACAGGAACGAAGAGCAAAAUCGACUGGGAGAAGCGGAGACAAGCAGUCAAGGAUGCCUUCUUAUUGAGUUGGAACGCAUACGAGGAACACGGUUGGGGCUAUGACGAGUACCACCCAGUUUCAAAGAAGGGACGAUACAUGGCUGAACCCAAUGGCCUAGGUUGGAUCAUCGUGGACGCGCUCGACACACUCAUGAUCAUGAAUCUGACCCAGGAAUACAAUCACGCCCGCGAAUGGAUAUCCACGACUUUAGACUAUGACAAGAAGCAGGAUGUCAACACUUUUGAAACGACGAUUCGCAUGCUUGGUGGUCUGCUGUCGGCACAUUAUCUACAAGACUUACUCCCUGGAAUGAAGCCUUCGAAUGCAAAUGACGAGGACCUCUUCCUAGAGAAGGCAACGGAUCUUGCUGAUCGCCUAAUGGGCGCAUACGAUUCACCUUCAGGUGUACCUUGGGCUAGUGUCAUUCUCAAGGAUUCCAAGGGUGAAGCCUCACAUGCCGAUGGAGGUGCGUCUUCUACAGCCGAGGCAACAACUCUCCAACUCGAAAUGAAGUACCUCGCUUUCCUGACUGGCGAAUCACAAUACUGGACUUCAGCAGAGAAGGUCAUGCAAGUCGUUGACAACCUCGGUGCCAAAGACGGUCUGCUUCCCAUCUUCAUCUACGCAGACAGAGGCACGUUCCGCGGCAGCGAGAUCCGAUGGGGCAGCCGUGGAGACAGUUACUACGAGUACCUCCCUAAGCAGUACCUACAGACGCAAAAACACGAACCAGUGUACCAAGAAAUGUGGAAGGAGUCUCUCAAAGGCGCAAAGAAGCACCUCCUCACCUACACAAAGCAUAGCCACUUCACCGUCCUAGCAGAGCGCCCCAACGGCAUAGAAGGAAACCUGCACCCCAAAAUGGACCAUCUCGUCUGCUUCCUCCCAGGCACCAUCGCCCUCGCUGUCACCGAGGGCGCCACCCUCGCCGAAGCCCGCAAGCUGCCCACAUGGGGCAAGCAACAAGAAGAAGACAUAACCCUCGCCCGCGAACUCACAAAAACCUGCAUGGGCAUGUAUAAAGUCACCGCCACAGGCCUUGCCCCUGAAAUCGCCCACUUCGUCCUCGACGACCCUCCCAAAAUGUACCGCACCGAGAUCCUCGCCUCAAAAUCUGAGCUCGAUACUAGCGUCGCUGACGGCGAGGCCUGGAAGAGCGACUUUGAUAUUAAACCCGCGGAUACGCAUAACCUGCAGCGUCCCGAAACCGUCGAGUCGCUACUGUACAUGUGGCGCAUCACGGGCGAUGAAAUAUAUCGCGAGUGGGGCUGGGAAAUGUUCGAAAGCUUCGUCAAGCACACGAUUGUGCCUGAGAAUGGCGGAUUUUCCAGUGUGGGAGAUGUGACCAAAGUGCCGCCCCCGACAAGAGAUAAUAUGGAGAGUUUUUGGUUGGCCGAAACGCUGAAAUACAUGUAUCUCCUCUUCUCACCCAAUGACCUCUUGCCGCUCGAUCAAAUCGUAUUCAACACAGAAGCUCAUCCUUUUCCCCGCUUCGAUCCGAGCAAGAAGCGGUUCAAGACGGGUUGGACGCGUAUACCGAGGGAUGAACAGGGGAAUCUCAAGCCCCAGAAGGCGGAUGAGAAGAAGACUUCGUAA